CAUUUGCGAUGGCUGCUCUCAGAUUGCUGGCACUGGCUGGCGGGCAGCAAUUACAAAAGACUAGCAGUCGCACGAAUGAAGUGGGCGCCAAUCGCCGGCGGGAGCAGUUCGACGUUAGAACCUAAACAACCCGUGAUCGCAGAACUACACAGAAAACAGAACCGAAAUAGAAACAGAAGUCGAAACACAAAUCGAAAGAGAAGCGCAAACAGCACGCGGCACGCGGAAAACGGGUCGAAAAACAUAGCAAAACAAAACCCAAUUAAAAUCAGAUAUUAAUAGAAAAACCAAAGUGCACAACAAUAAAAAGUCUUCACAGGGCUGGGAACGAACCAAAGAGCAAACGACAUUUCAAAUUAAAAGAAUGCCGGACACGGAGGAAGUUCCUGAGAAGGUGCCUCGCCUGGGGUUGCGACACCUGCAGGCUGGUCUCCUCUUUUACGGACUGGCGGCCAACACAGUUCUGCAGCUGAACGUGAGCGUGGCAGUGGUGGCGAUGACCAAUGGAAACACAACAACCGAAAGCGACACGCCCCACUACAAUUGGACUGAGCUGGAGAAGUCAUACAUCCUGUCGAGCUACUACUGGGGUUGCGCACUGGCCCAGUUUCCCGCCGGCUAUCUGUGUAAGCGCUUCGGAUCCAAAGCGGUUCUCUUCUGGGGCACUCUGGGAUCUUCCCUGCUCAGUGCCCUUACAACCUGCUCGGUCUAUGCAGCCGGGUGGAAAGCGUACUGUGCGAUUCGUCUGCUGCAGGGGCUGUGUCAGGUGAGCUGGCCCUGCAUCCACCAGCAUUUGGCCAACUGGUGUCCCACGGCGGAGCGAACGCGUCUGGGAGCGUUUGCCUACACGGGAUUUGAUUGCGGCAAUGUGCUGGCCAUGUAUGGGGCGGGCAUGGUGGCCAGCUCUUCACUGGGGUGGCCUGGCAUUAGUUACUCGGCAGCCGGACUGGGCCUGGUUUGGUGCGUUCUUUGGCUGCUCCUGGGAGCCAAUAGGGCCAGUGAGGCCAGAUUUAUUGGCGAGGCGGAGAAAUCCUAUAUCGUGGGGGAUCUCCAGCGAUCAGAAAGGAAGGAGCCCAAGAAAAUGGAGAUUCCCUGGAGGGGCAUUUUUACCUCAGUACCAGUCUACGCCCUACUCUGUGCCCGUUGUGCUGACAGUUGGGGACUGACCACCAUGCAAACUCAAUUACCUACCUACUUGAGCGGCGUCUUGGGCCUGGACAUGAAAAGCAAUGCGAUCUUCUCGGCGCUUCCUUUCCUACUCAUGUGGGUCAUGUGCUACGUCUAUCUGAUUAUUGCGGAUGUACUGCUCCACAAAAAGUGGAUGAGCCUGACGGCCUUAAGAAAGACCUACACGAGCAUAGCUCUUUGGGCUCCGGCCUCCAUUAUGUUGACGCUUGUUUCCAUGGGUAAAGGUCAGCAGACCUUGGUCCUCGUGCUGGUAACUCUCAGUGUGGGAGUGAGUAGUGCAGCCACGAUUGGCAGCGAGCUGAACACGAUUGAUUUAUCGCCCAACCAUGCCGGGAUUCUUGCCGGCCUUAUGAGCAGCCUCACCAACCUGAUGGCUCUUUUAACGCCCCUUGUGGUGGGCGUUUUGGUCCCGGACCCCAGUCAACGGAACCAGUGGCAGGUGGUUUUCAGCCUGGCAGCCGGAGUUCUGUUCGCCGGGAAUGUGAUUUUCUUGGUUUGGGGCACUGCCGUGACCCAGCCGUGGAACGAGUCCAAGGAAUUGCAGCGGGAACUGGAGCCGGAGGAGAAGCCAUUUCAGCAUACUAAGCUGGAAAUAACAGCUGACGGUUCCGAUGGCAGCGGAGUAAGCUUAAGACUGAACUGUACGAGCCCGUGAGAAUUAAAUUCAAACUUUUAUUUCGA